GACAUAUUUUAUUUAUUUCCAGAAUGCUUGUUUGUCGAUGUAAUUUUGAUGAGUUCUGUUAAAAAGUAAACACGAGGCGCCCAGAUCAAACGCGGAUGCCCCUAAACCGUCCUGUAUCCUCGAACCUCUUAUACGAGCUGUUCUAGGGUCUCCCAGUUCUACCCGCCUUCCGUGUCCGCUCUCUUUCCUCUUUAACCCAACGAAGAAGCCGGAAAAUGCAGGAGGUGUGGCUCAAUCUGCGGCAUUUUCAUGAUGUGGGAAACGUAGUCCUGCCAAACGAGUAUGUCGCUCUCUUCCUUACCGCUUGGGCAACUGUGAUCUGGAAGUAUGCAAAUUGGGGGCACAAAGUCAUGAAUCUUCCAGCUAGCCUGAGCUAACUUUUUCUUCAUGGGUUCUGUCCUUUAUGAUGAGGUUUGUGUCGUUCCAAAAAAGUAAAAAACAUUACUUAACGGCUCGCACCAUGAAUUUACAGGACGACGAGCAUCAGCAGUGAACACAUGAGAACUGGCUCUGGACGGCGAAAACCAGUGUGCUCGGCAAAAUGAAUCUGUUUUCCUGGUAAGAAAGAUGCAUUCGCCCGCUUUUCUUUAACUCGUGGUUGCUGUUCACGGUGUGCGGCCAACCACUAUUCUCGAACUCGGUAUUUUUCGCCUCUUUUUCUUUGUCUUUUUCUUCGACCUGGGUGGCGUGUCGUGGGAAUCGACACCCACUCCCAUCGCGAAGACCAGGUACAACGGGUCUGAGACGGUUUUACAGGUACGGUUUCUUGAGACCCCCCUUGGAAUUCGACGACACACUCAUAGUUGCCAUUUCACGGAAAACCACAUGUGAAACGGCUGCGGGGGAACACCCGUGCAGAAAGGAUUCGAGUGCAUGACCGGGCAAUUAUGUCCUGAGGCGGACAGCUUGUUACUUGCUAACGACCAGACAUAGCCAGUUUGACUCUCACCUGCCGUGUCGCUUGCGCGUCGCUCGACGAGUCCCCAGCCCUUUCUCCCGUCUAAAGAAAAGACAGCAUUUUGCAUUUCGUUCUACCAUGGGAUGAAAAACAAAACUGUCACUUGAAUGCAGACUACGUAUUCACCCACUUAGACGUACGAGACGUACGCAGGCAUCUUUGUAUCGAUAAUUGCCGACACAUAUAUGCGGCACCUGUGUAUGCCCACGCAACCGAAAAAGCGUGUACUCGUAUCUUUACAGUUGAAUGACGGAAACGUAAGUAAAUUUUUUGUAAAUCGUGAAGCAGGGUAGUUGUGUUUCUCAUUGUUGUCGACACUAGACGGUCGACUAUGCACGCGUGGAGUUACACAAGUUUUAAAUGAGUCAAUGAGGUGUUGAGCCGCAUGGCCGUGCGUGCGCCUAAAUGUUUUUUUCGGUGUGACGUAAGCAGAAAACUGUAAAUGGGGCAGAAGACGGUGUGCUCGGCAAGCAGCCAGACCUUUUUUUGUUAUUUCAAGGAAGUUCGCGCGAAAGCGGAUGACUACUCGUGGCUUCCACGCAUUUCUUCACUGUCAUCUUGUCGGCUAGGUAAACGCUUUUUGAGCCCCGUACCGCCUUGUGUUUAUGAAACUGUGCGUGGCACGCAGGUCCUCCCAGUUGCUCGGCAACAGUAUAUUCAACUCCGCAUUAGUCCUUUAUCCACUCAGGAAUCAUCAGUCUCUUUCUCGGGGGCGCAGCUGUCAAGUAUUUCACAUCGAAAGGGACACCGUUUUUCACUGGCCUCCCCUCAGGCGCUCGGCUUGGUGAGCUGUCCGAGUUACAGUGUUCGUUUCUGUUUCUGGGGGUAAACGAAGCAGCAAAAGUGAUUAAGCGGCGGCAAGUAUACUUCUGCCAGAUGGCGGGAGUAUGCGCGAACAUAAAAUCAGAUGAUCCGUAAAGUGGUUGUGUGCUUUGUUAGUGUUCAUCAUAACUCAUAUUCCGUUUGGAUGUCUUCUCCGCUUCAGAAGAAUUCGGGACUCCUAACAAAAGGCGUAUCAUAUCUCGGGCUUCUUCAUCUUUGCCUUCUUUUCUUCCUCUGCCUCAUCUGCUCCUCCCCCCGCCUCUGCACUUUCUUCUACUUCUCUUCCUGUGGCGCGACCCUAGCAGUUUCCUAAAGCUUUCAGAGGCUUUCCAGGCACGCAAACCGGCGGGGUGACGCAUGCAACCGCCCACUACCCUCCGGAAUCUGAGGACGAACGCUUAAACCGACAGAAGCGUUGAGUUAUCUCAGUUUCGCCGUCAUACUUAUCAUUCAAUCAGCUAUAUAUAUUUAUACAUUCCCAUACUUCAGACAGAAGUAUGGGCGUACAUAAAUCCUCUUAAUGUAUUCGGGACUAAAUAUGCGUUGCGGAGACGCAUUUUGAGUUGUAUGUACAAGCAAUAAUUUUCCGCUUUUUUCCUACUUGGCAUAGCUGUUGAAAAGGCGAAACAGAGAAGGAACCCUUUGUCCGUUGGAAUCAGUCAACGAUGGAGUUCAACAAAGUCGCCACUUUCUUAUCGGGAACCUUUUCAUGGAUAUCUAGCUCUGCGCAUCUCGCCUCCGGUGCGACACAUCUUUCUUCUCGCAUUGGACAACUUCUCUCCCGAAGCUCUGGCCAUGGGCUCACAGUGCCGGAGCAGAGAGUGCUUCUGGUUAUUGAGCGACAAAUCGAUAGUCUGGUUCACCCUCUUCAGUACUGCGUCUUUUGGGCGCGCCAUCGAUCCUCAGCAAUUCACUCUACUGUUCACCACGUUCAGGAAAUUUUACUGUCGGUGUGCACCUUCAUUCAACCGUUUCUCGAUGGUUCGCUUCUCCAGCAUUCAACGAGCGAGGACCAAUCCGUAUCGCGGGUUUUCACGAGUUCCCGCGUCGCGCCUACUCGCCACGCAGCAACGGGACCGUUGUCAAGCGUCGGAUCUUCUGUUCCCGGUGUACCAGGAGGCCGAGGUCAUGUGUAUGAGGACCUCCUUUACUGCAGCAGUGAACUCGGUGUUGCCUGCACUCUCCUAAAUACAGCUCUGAAUUUCAUUCACUUUGUCGAGAGGCCCUGCCCGUCGUGUCUCGAGCGAGAGGCAGGUGGGUACCCAUUAGUGAGCUGUCAGAGAGAAUGGGAUCUGCCCUUUUCCGCGGGCCAAGAGGAUGCUCGGCGGCGCAUAUUCUCAAACAGUGCCGCAUUAAACAACAUGGGCGCGAGUGAAAUAAACCGGAACCAGGCUGACAUCCAGAUGCGGGACAGUGAGGAAGGAUCUUCAUUUUCGCGUUCUGGCGGUGACGGUGGCGGAAAUGCGACUGAGACACACUCGAGGACGAACCCAGGAGAGAACCCGCCUUCUCUCCGACAGCCUUAUUUAGACACGAAAGACGCAGACGGCCUGUUUCUCCAUGAUGCAGGUAGCGCCUGUGAACGCGUCAGAGACACGCCCUGCUUGGGGAGGUACCCUGGGCACACAGAGCCCAUUGGCUCCGCCAGUUUUUCCAUGGUCGACAGGAGGGCGUCUUCUUCUCUUUGGCCCCCUCUUUUGGGCUGUGUGGCAGGUGUCCCCCAUCCCCUGCGACAGACGCGUUUCUCCCCCGCGGCCCUUUUGCGUGCGAGUCGGAAGUUGCAGGAGGCCCAGUGUGCAACUCCGCGUGGCGGGGACUUGUGCAUGAGUGUGGGGCGUCUUUAUUUUCGAGUAAUUACUCAGACCCUUCUUCCAUCCUCUCUUCUUCACUCCUCAUCUUCGUCUGUAGGCCCUUCGUUCUCCACCGCGUCCCCCUCAGGUUUUUGUCCCGGUGUACCCGGUCAAGACGCCGGCGCCAGUAGCUGGACAUAUCCGGCCCCCUGCAUUGAAGGAAAGUCCCAGUACCUCGAUGGUCAGGACGGGGACCCUACAGAUCUCGAGAGGUUCUACGUAAAUCCUAUGUCUCUGAAUUCUGGAAGAGUCGAAAGUUCCUUGCAUCCGUCGUACUCGCCGCCCACCCAUCCAGGUGCCUAUCCAGGUAUGGUACUAGGCAACGGCUCCUGGACUAGUCCCGAGGACACCUUGAAAAGGAGUUGCCAUUUUGGAUCCCCUGCUGACGAAACCUCCCCGUAUGCCUACCCUGGAAACACAGGAAGACUAGGAGCGGAGGGGGUCCGGGGGUCCGGGGCAGGUUCUGGAGGCCACUGUGCCCCUCGCCAGUGGGUCACAGGCAGCAUCAGCGACUGGAGCCUGCUCCAUCCCGUGGCUCUGUUGCGUAUUGUGAAGAACACGAAUGAGGGAAGUACGUUUCGCACGGGCGCGGCAGGCCCGUGGACGGGUGCAGGUAAUGGUGCUCGGCAAUCUCACACCACCGAGAGGACCACGUCCUUGUGUGUGGAAUCUCUGCAUCUUCACGAAAAGAGUUCGGGGUCCACUCCCGCGGGCUCAGGAAGAGGGACAGGUCAAUGGGGCGAGACAUCAUUUCUGCCGGCUGGACAGCCUUCGGGUGCCUUUCCACACUUUGGUGGCAAGGGGCCUGGCGGUGCAGGCCUAGGAGGCGUGACGGAGGGGGGCGGAGCCUCAGCUCUUGGAGGUCGGCUACCAUGUGUCAGUGUCUCGGAGCCGGGAGCCAGAGGCACCGGGGAGCUGUCCGCAGAGGCCGCUUUUGAGCGUGGACCAGGCCCUUGGAACGUCCUUUCUGGAUUCGAGCAUGCAGGGUCGACGGCAGAGGGAGUACCAGCGCGACGGUUAGAUGGGGACAACCCUGUAGGGGAAGGGUCUCUGUACGGAUUUAGCGUAUCUAUGGGGAUGUAUCAAGCGGAUGAGGACGGCGGUCAUGACUCCGAUAUCGUCUAUGUUCCCGAUCCAGAGCAAAUCGACGAGGCUCUACUGGGUUUGCCAGCAUUGAAAAUAGGGGAGACAGCCACACCCCACACAAUGUCGUAUCCCUCUCGCCAUGUAGACUCAUUACAGAAUCGCCAAGAAAACUAUACCAUUCAUGGGACAGGGAGGAGAGACCGGAUUCACGUUGUUGCACAUGGAAAUAACGACUGCGAACAUCACCCUAUUCAUGCCUGCAUGCAAAAUAAACCACAGUGUUCAGAAACACAACCUGGAAGGACAGAGACAGGGUCUGGAUGGUCUGAUGGCUCCCAGGGGCCUCCCUCCUCUUCACUGACGGGGGCUUACCAGGAGCGUUUGGGAGAUUGCGACACGGCGGAAGGGUACCGAAGAGGAGGGGAUGCCGGGGUCUCUGUUCCUAUGGGCCUAGAAGUUCAAGGCAACGGCAAGUGGGAACCAAUGACUCAGCGACCUUGGGUUCAAGAACGCCGAUUCAAGGGGGGUAGUGCCUCGGGGCUGGAGGAAACAGCCUUUCCGUCAUCGCUUGGUAACUCUGGUCAGGUUCCUUCAGCCCCACCAUGCUGUCAGACAAGCUACCAUGCGCAGCCUUCUCGUUCACCAAGAACCGCAAAAGCAGCGUGUACGCCACUUGUUUCUUCUGAGUCUACAUUCGCGGAGUCACCGGUCGCGGACCGACGCCGUGCUUAUGCUGUUUCUGGCUCCGCGUCCGAAGCCGGUUUUGAUAGGGUAACCAUCACUGCCGGAAAGUUGCACGAUGAAAGAGAAACACAGUUUCUCUCCUUGUAUUCGCGUCCGCAAGAAUCCUCCACGAGAAGUGCGCAAGCGAGUUUUCUUGAACACGCAAGGAGCUGUGUUUCGGGCUCCUCUGCCAUCACAGGAUUGACUGGUCAAGAACGCAAGAUCUCAUCAAACCCGUACUCGCUUCUGCCUUCUCAUCCUCUACCGGAGUCUACCUCUUCAGCUUGCUGGCCAACUGAUUGCCGGUACGGUGCUUCCAACGGGGAGCAUGACGAGCCACGCCCCCUCUUGAGCUGUGAUAGCGUGAAACACCAGUCGCUUGAACUGCGUGAGUAUGGGUGUUGGCGAGGUAUCUCUGGCAACAGUCAUUGCCACACUCAGUCCACCCCACCUUCAUUUCCUCCUCUCAUCCUUUCUCGCAAAAUGCCGGCCUUCCUCCCCCCCGCGCUGGCGGCAGCAAUAUCCUGUCGUCGCCUCAGUUUCCCAACGACCGUGUGUCUUGGAGCGCGUCUGACCUCUCAGUCCCGACUGGGCCUCCCCAUUCCAUCUGCUCUUCCUCCCCUACCUGCAGAUCAUUCAGCGGCAAAUGCACGUGGUGGUGGUAGCAACACCCUUGGAACAAGGAAGCGCUGGGGUCAGGGCCGACAACCUUCUCACGCGGUUAGACCCUUCGUUCCAUCCCCGGAUAUGGCUUGCUUGGUGUGGUCCUGGAAAUUCCCUGCAGCUCACGCUGUGCCUUUACGGGCCACAGGGCUCCUCUCUCAGCUCGAGCGGCGUCUGGCCUACCUCAGGCAUCACCGCACGGUCAACAGUUGUCAAUGUUGUCACGGUAAACACGAGCCCGGAACGUGUGAAGAACAUCUCCGGAGCUCUGCACAGAUGCAGGAAGAGCAGGAGACAGGCGGCUGUCGGUUUGCUCAGUCGCCAAGCAGAGGUGGAGUUCCAUCGGAACGGGGAGGGGAAGCAGCGUCAGAGGGCGGGAUAAAGUGGAGUGGCCAUACGGCAGGAAGAAACGGAGACGAAGAGACAGAAAGUUUUCCCACCGAGCAAAAACGGGAAGAACAACGCCCAACAGGACAGCCUGCGACACCCGUCGACGGACAACGGAAGGCGUUUGUUUGUGGCCUCGAUGAAACGCAGCAAGACGCAGGCGAGCGGAGUAGCAUUGAUGACGAAAAGACGAUACGAGGGGAACAGGGAAAAGCGAGAUAUAGGAAGAAAAAAGCGAAUCUGUCACAGGGAUUACUGCGGAAAGACGAGUAUUGGGGAAACACGCCUGACUCCUCGAGCAGUGAGAGUCGUCUCGUGACAUCUUUGGAAGUGGGGGGCCGUUUGCCGGAUCCACUCAAAUCAUCGAGGGGGGACAGUAGUGGCAGCUAUUUUGGGAAGAAAGAAGGGACAGAAACCAACUGUUGUUCGCAGACAACUAAUUCACGUGCAUCGUGGACGUCAUUACUACACAGUGAGGUCUCAGGACGUAGUGGAGAGCAAAGCACUGGAAGCGAUGUCGAGGGCUUGAUUCCUCUGAAAGCAGUGGAAUCUGCAACACUUCAUGUUUCUAAGGUUUCUCCAGUCUCCGCUUGUGGAUCCGAUACCCCCUUAGGGCCGACAAAAAAGAGAGGAAAGAGAAGGAAGGAUCGACAAGAGACGGGGCCGAUGCUUGACAGAAUGUCCCCGCCUCAGGGGGGCAGCGAUAACGAGUCAAAACAUAUCCAGUCUUUUAUGAAAAACAUGGACACAAAAAUAGAGAGUGCCAGCAGCGUUACGCUUAAACGUUCGUCGGAUGUGAAGGAAGAAGGAAUUCCACCCUCAGGAAACCUGGACGAAUCCAACGAUCAUUCAGGAAGCCAGGAAACGCCACACCCAGCACGAUGUGUCGAAGAUACAAAUGCAUGGACACCCCAGGAGCCGGGAAAAGGGAAAGGGGGCUCUGCUCAUACUUCGGUUUCUCCAGGAACCGACGUCACAGACAUGUUUCCCUCUUCAGGGAGCGUGUGUUACGGAGAAGAAGUUAUGACAAUCAUUUCGGGCUCCCCCGGUGAAGACAGGACGUACACAGCAGGCAGAAACUCUACAGCAGUUCCCGUAGCCUUCGUUGAAUCGGAUGAUCCUUCUGUCGGUGAAACGGCACAGGGUAGAGAGAAGGAACAACCCGAAGGAACGAUGAGAGGGGGAGGCGGACAGGGGCAUGAUUCUGGUUCAAAUAAUUUCUCCAAAAACGGCUCGUCCUCCGUCAGUCUCGAAAAGUGCCACGCAAGACACGGCAAGGGUCGACACGAAUACCAAUCCCCACACACACACCGGCGUCAAAUGCACCACGACCCGUCGUGUCCCGGCCAUGAACGAAUUUUAAGAGCUACAUGCCCAAAUAGGCAGCGAGAAGUAGUCUUUCCAGAAGAGCACAUUCGUCUUAACGUACCGGUGCUUCCCCUACCCGAUUUCAACGGUGACACCCUCGUCCAACAAAGAUUCCUUGUUCACUACGCCUUUCUCUUUGAUCCAGGGGCACUGGACUCUGAUCCACACUCGAUCGCUCAUUCAGGGACGACCAACACAAGGCGCCAUGGUCGCGAUGGCUUGGGGGGAAUGCGCAGCAGCGAGGAUCAACUUUCGGCGUUAGAGUUCCUUUAUUUUGCUCGUUUGUGUGUCAUCGACGGAGGUCUAGACGCAAACAAUGGUGGAGAACAUAGAGACGGGGAUGCGACAGCCGGCGAACUGAGAAAUGGCCUCCUUCAAGCCGGACACACAGAAGCCACAGACGAACUCCUCGCUGAACUCCUCAAGAAUGUAUUUCUCGACACAAGCUAAUUCAUAUAUACGUAAACACGCACGACUGCUGCAUAUAUAUGUGUAUAUAUGUACCUACACCGAUAUGUAAAAGCAUGUGUAUGUUUACGAGUUGGUUUUAUGUAGUUUCUUGAGUAUGCAAGUUUCAGCGUCAGUAGGUUUUUGCGUUCGCUGUGUAUCCGUGCAGACGUUUCAGCUGUUCUUCGUGCGAUGCUUCCUGGGUGUCGACGUAGGUAUAAUAUAAAAACGAAUUGAACUUGGUCUCAAGUUUAUGUUCGGGCGACUCGCACCUGGAUUACGUCCUGCAUGUGGACAGCGCCAGUGGAAGGAUGUAAGAGCAGGAUGUGCAUCUUUACAUGCCAUUUUUUCCGUCACCAGAGAGCCUAAUGCCGGAGUCUCUCGUGUAUGGCUUGUCUUGUGGUGCGAGGCGGAUCUGCGAGGUGUGCUCGGGCGUCCCUUUCGUUCCAUCCUGUGCUUUUCAAACAUAAUAUGAAACAAAACUGCCUUUAUCCCGUAUACAUACAUGCGCACAAGCUAAUACAAAUUCAAAGAAGUAUGUGCGUACUACUGCGCCUACACGUAGGUAAAAGUG